AUGGCAUCCGCCCCCAGAAGGCAGCCCUGCUUCCUCGAGAUACCCGCCCAGAACGUAGAGAAGCUCAAGACAUUCUAUGCAUCUCUAUUCCCAUCGUGGGAAUGGAAACCAGCACAUGGUGAAGCGACGGAGGAUGGGAAUCAGAUGCGGCAUUUCAAAUUCUCCGAGCCUAAAGAAUGGUUCAAGAUGGGCCAGGGGCAGUAG